CGCGUAUUUCCAUGGCAGAUUCGCGCUGCUAAUUUCAUACACUGAGUACAAAAAGCCUUUGUUGCCUCCUAGCUUUUCUUAUAAGCUGAAGCGGAUUUAAUCAAUCGCCGUCAUGAAUAUCUUCAGGUUGUCGGCCGAUUUUUCUCAUCUUGCAUCUAUAUUUAUCCUUUUGCAUAAGAUGAAAUCUUCAAGUAGCUGUUCAGGACUAUCAUUCAAGUCGCAGGCACUGUAUUUAAUGGUUUUUGUGACGCGUUAUCUUGAUUUGUUCUGGGCUUUCACGGACUCCCUCUAUAAUACCACAUUCAAGAUUAUGUUUAUUGGCUCAUCGGCUUAUAUCAUUUACCUCAUGCUUAACGACUAUAAGCCAACGCAUGACCCCAAUACUGAUACAUUCAAAGUGCAGUAUCUUCUUGGCUUCAGCGCUCUAUUGGCUCUCCUUUUCCCACACGAUUAUAGCAUUUCCGAGAUUCUCUGGACGUUCUCCAUCUGGCUCGAAUCCGUCGCUAUCUUGCCCCAGCUUUUCAUGCUGCAGCGCACCGGGGAGGCGGACACUAUUACGACACAUUAUUUAUUUGCACUGGGGCUAUACCGAGCCCUCUAUAUUCCCAACUGGAUCUAUCGGUAUCUUGCGGAGCGUCAUUUCCAACCAAUCCCGGUCAUAGCGGGCAUAGUGCAAACUUUAUUGUAUUCCGAUUUCUUUUAUAUCUACUACACAAAGGUUAUGAAGGGGAAGAAGUUCUCGCUGCCUGUCUAAAUUCGGGAUUAAUGCUGAAUGAACCGGUCAUUAAAUGGAGUUGUGUAUCUGAGGAGACUGAUAAUUGGUUUAGUUGUGUGAAUUAUCAUGUGUCUCAAAUUCUCACGAAAUGCCACUGCUGUCCAGCAACAAAUGUUCUUGUCGUCUCAACCAACAUUUCCA